CUCCCUGCCCCCAUGGCUCUGUGCGGGGAUGUGGGAGCCUCGUCCCUCCCCAGCGAGCUGAUAGUCCACAUCUUCUCUUUCCUCCCAGCGCCAGACAGGCUGCGGGCCUCAGCGGCCUGUUCUCACUGGCGGGAGUGUUUGUUUUAUCCGGCGCUAUGGCCAGAGCUUCGCCUCAGUUUGCGAGUGUCCCUCGCGGAACGGCCCCGCCUGGAAUUCCUCAUGAAGAAAUGCGGCUGGUUUGUCAGGGAGCUUCGCAUUGAAUUCGCGGCGGAGAACUAUAUGGCUGGGUCUUCCUCCUAUAUGUCUCCGUCCUCCUGUUCUUCCUCAGCUGCGGAAUCUGUCACGUCCCCGAACUCGUCGUCAUCCUGCUGCUGCGCCACAUCCUCGGAUACUUCUGCAGAGGUCGUUGGGCCUGAGGGGUUUAUUGGCAAUGAGACUGAUGCGCAGCACUCGUCCCGCUGGCUUGACGUGCUGCGUACUUACUUAGAGUUGGUCCUGUGUGUGCUGAGCAGCAUAAGGAACAACAGGAACCUCCAAAAGCUAAGUCUCUUUGGUGACAUUAGCAUUUUACAACAAAAUGGCACCAUAACUAAUGCAUACCUAAAUAAAGUGGACCCAGGUGGCAAAAAGAUCACACAGAUACAGCAGCUUUUUGAAGAGAUACUGGGUAACAGCAGACAAUUAAAAUGGCUCUCUUGUGGAUUUAUGCUUGAGAUAGUAACUCCAACCUCUUUGUCUUCAUUAUCCAAUCCAAUCGCCAACACUAUAGAACAUCUGAGUUUAUUAGACAACCACACUCCAGCAAAUACAACUCUCAUAACUGCAAUCGAGUUAGAGAGAUUUGUUAGUCUACGUUCCCUUGCUCUGGACUUCUGUGAUUUUACGGCAGUAAUGGCAAGAGUGUUGGCCAAUAACAACCAUGUGCCUUUGCAUAGACUCUCUCUUCUGGUUCACAACACUUCACUUAAGAACAAAACAUUAGAGAAUAUGCCAGAAGAUGAUGAUUGGAAAGCUCUUACCCAUAACAGCGCUAAUCUUCGAGUCUAUAUGAUGGCUUUUGAUGUAAAGAGUGAUGACAUGCUAAGAAUCCUCAAACCUAGUAUACCACUAGAGAGGAUUCAUUUUGACAGCUAUAUUACGUGUGUUUCUGGAGCAGUUGUUGACCUCAUAUCCAGGCAAUAUGACGCAUUCCUUACACAUUUCAUAUUAAUGAAUGAUGUCAAUGAUAUGUCUGGAUUUCCCGAUCUUAGUGAUAACAGAAAUGAGGAUCCCCUGGUUCUCCUGGCCUGGAGGUGCAUGAGGCUCUCUAUUCUUGCUAUACAUGGUAAGAAAAUAAUUAUUUUAUUUUUUUUAUUGUUAUUUAAUCAGGUAAUUUCUAAUACUUUUAAGUUAGGUAGAAACGUCCCCUAUAUACCUGUUCUUUGUAUGCUACAUUUAGUUCAGUGUAAAUCAAUACUAAAUCAUGGAAGAUGCCUUUGUAAAUUAUGGCUUCAUAGUGCGUAUGCAAAUGUGUCACUUUAGCUUUAACACAGAAUGGACAAGUAACCUAGACAAAAUACUACUUUCCUUCUUAAUAUGAGGAGAGUCCACGGCUUGAUUCCAUUUGUGGGAAUACAGAACCUGGCCACCAGGAGGAGGAUAAGACACCCCAGCUCAUCCAGACUCAUUAACAGCUCCUUAAGCAAUCCGCGUUGACGAGUUUCGCUGCCUGCUUUCUUCACUCAAGUCCAUGUCAGAAGCGCUGCUACAGUCUAUCAAACUUGAAGGACCAGUGACAUAGAUUCCGGUAAGAUAGUUUCCUUAUUUUACACACGUUAAUGAUAGAAGACGGGGUCACAGUGGGACGCAUUUAUCUUUACGGAGUCAAUGGUUAAUAUCUCCUGAGGGGGAUUAUUGAGCAGUGGGGUUUUUUAAUCAUAUUUGUUAUGCGAUUUCGUGCUUAUGUGUAAGAACGUUUGGGCUCUUAGGCUGAUAUGGAACGUACAGGUUAUUUUCAUUUUGAGAGCUGUGCAGUUUCUUUAUUUUAAGCUGGCACGCUUUUUCCUUUGCAGAGGCAGGUCCUGCAUGAGCACCAUGCGACCGGGAAUGGUCACGUUUUUUUUUUUUUUUUUACCGCUUCCGAUUCCUGACUAGGUGUCUGCGAAGACUAGCAUCUUCACUAUCUAUCUGGGUCAUAGGAGUUAUGGAGGAUUAUGAUAAUUUAGAGGGGGAUCCCUCCGAUACAUAAUUUGAUACCUGUGUAUAUUGUGAGGAGGCCUGGGUAAUCCAGCCCUCUCAAUUAUGUUCCGUAUGCGGCAAUAUAGUGUUCUCAUCAACCAAUGUUGAGAUGUUAGAGACCACUGAGCCAUCCGCCUCUGAGGACUCUUUGUCCAGUGAGGUGUGUUCCCUAGAUUCUGUUCCUACAUAUGCAGUUUUCCUGAGUUCUGAUCCUCCUUCGCCUGUAAGGGGUUUGUUUUCACCAGAGGUUACUAUGCAGUUCCGCAUGGCCAUCUCUACGACCUUAGCGAGGUUGCCUAUUCCUGCUAUGCGCAAGCAAAGGGUUAAUCCGGGCUCUCCUGCCCAAGGACAUUUGUGUAAAAUAACAAUGGUGUCCAAUCAUUCCUGUGGGGAUGCAGUUCCCAAUGAGGCUUCAGAGGAAGAACCUCCAGGGUCGGAGUCUGCUGACUUGGGUCCUCCGACUGCGGAGGGCUUAUCAUUUAGAUUGGCACGCCUGUGUUUACUGCUGAGAGGUGUUUUGGCGAUGUUAGAGAUUUCCAGUACUGCUCAGUUGAAUCUUAUUCCUCAAAAUCAGAUUAUCUUACAGGCAGGACCUGUUUUUGUUUACACACUCCUUUUCAGCUUAUCACUUUUGUGCACUUGCCUUUUUUCUUUUUACUUUGCUAGUCCAUUCCGGAUAGUUUUUUUUUUUUUUUUUUAAAGCUCUGGAUUGUUUUAGAAACUCUUCUUAGACGUUUCGUCACAUGGAAUAUUUGAGACUGUCGACUUUGAUGGUCGAGAUAGUUGGAGACUUCCGGUGGAAGCUUAUAGAUUUCUGCUCAGGGCGAUAGUCGUCGU